AUGGCAAGACACGGCAGAGGUUUGUGGAGGCUUGCAGUCGUCAGCCAGUGUGCCCUCAUUGUAGUUUGGCAGCUUUCCGAAAGCUUCGUCCAACCAGCUUUCAAGAGAAGGUCAGUGUCAGCUGCUGGGGCAUACCACACAGCGCACACAGUUAGACGUGCAGAGGGUGCGGAUAAGAGCGCUGAUGCGCCAAAUCCUCUUGUGGCAGUGUGGCGCUACAUUGGUGGUUGGUAUGAAAUCCAAGAAUCCGAGGGCAAGCUCUACUUUCAGGAGAACAACCUUCAGGGUGAGCUUGUAGAACAGGACGGCUGGCUAGUUGCGGAGCUCCCCCCUGCGGGCACGAUUCGCCUGAAGCUCGGUGACUCGGGGGAGGAGGUUUUGUCGAACUUCAAACCAGCAGAUGCCGAGAAAUGGGGUGACACGAUUACCGCUUUCAAGGAGUGGGAAUCUCUGACCAGCCGGGUGGAGUCCCUUUACAGUGACCUGGACAGCUCAGAAUUCGAGGGAACGGCCAUGGACGGAGAAGUGAAAGUGAAAGUCAACGGUCGGCAAAGGCCCGUCGACCUGUCCUUCUCCAAAGCCGCCUCAACCUCGAAGGCGCUGGCUGCGUCCAUCGCAGAAGCGCACUCCAGCGCCGUUGAUCAGUCGAUGGAAGCUAUGACUGCACGGCUUCAGGAACUCUAUGCAUCACAUUUCUCUGCCACCAAAGCCUGA